CCGCCCGUUGCGCAGGCGCAAAACCUAUUUUUCGGGUCCGCCCUUUUUAGAGAUUUGAAUUUCCCCCAGCUAAGUGAGAGAGACAAAAUACCCGGAUGGUGAUCGGUGGCCUUUUCGCGCCAAUACUGUGAGUUCUCACAACAACCUUGAGAGGAAAAAGGCAGACCAGUCCUCCACUCGUGCCAGCCAAUCAGCAGAACCCCCACCUUCCUCUGGCCUGCCACCGCCACUCCCGGGCAAGGUUGUAGCAUCUGCAUCGGAAAUCACGGGACGUCUUCCUGCUGGCUCAGCUGGGAGGCAGAGAAGUGUUUUGCAAAAGCUGUUUAUCUGAAUUCUGAAAUAACGGCGAAGGCUCUGCCACUCUUUUAAGCUCUCUGCCCCAAGUCACAGCUAGGGUUCCAGAUGAAGCCCAAGUCAGGGCAGGCCCUCUGCCAUGUGGCCGUGGCCAGCUGCCUCUGCAUGGCCACUGUCUACACGGGUGUUUUUGAAAGCGUCUUUGUCGAAGUGGGCUAUGAGCACUAUGCGGAAGCCCCAGUAGCCAGCCUCCCCACCUUCCUAGCCAUGCCCUUCAACUCGCUUAUUAACUUGGCCUAUGUGCUCCUGGGAGUAUACUGGCUACAGAGAAGUGUUAGUGCCCCAGGGCACCCCAGUGAGGUGCAGCGGGCUUGUUACCUGAAGGAUGUCUUUGCUGGCAUGGCCCUGGUCUACGGCCCCGUGCAGUGGCUGUGGAUUGGACUGCAGACACACCCCGCUGCUGUGCUCGACCAGUGGUUCACCUUACCCAUCUUUGCAUGGCCAGUGGCCUGGUGCCUCUACCUAGACAGGGGCUGGGAGCCCUACCUGCUCCUAGCCAUCGAGUGCCUCUCGCUGUUCAGUUAUGGCCUUGCCUUGCUGCACCCCUGUGGGUUUGAGGUCGCCCUGGGUUUGCACAUUGCUGCUGCCAUGAGCCAGGCCCUGCGUGUCCACAGGCGCUACGGCAGCAAUUGCUCAGGAGUGUACUUGGUUCUGGGAGUAGUAUCCUGCCUGGGCUUUGUGAUCCUCAAGCUGUGUGACCAUCAGCUAGCCCGGUGGCAUCUCUUCCAGCGGCUUACAGGCCACUUUUGGUCCAAAGUCUGUGAUGUGCUUCAGUUCCACUUUGCAUUCUUAUUUUUGACAAAUUUAAACACUUGCCAGAGACUCCCUCUUGAGGGGAAGAUGCAUUAAAGUAUGGAAAGAAGCUACUUAACAGAUGCUGACCCCCCAGUGUC